AUGACAUGUGGCUCUCCACCUGAUAUUGCUAAUGGCUGGAUUGCAGAAAGAGAGAGGGAACGGUAUUUUCCUGGAGAGAUCAUUCAUUAUCGGUGCUGGCAAGGUCAGACCCUAACCGGACCUGCAAGAAUAGUAUGUAAGGAAGGAAAUUGGUCACCACCAGGAACACCAGAAUGCAACGAGGCUGCUGGAAGAUGUGGGCCGCCACCUACCAUUGAAAAUGGAGAUACCACUACUUUUCCAUUAUUAUACUAUGAACGAGAUGCAGUAGUGACAUACAAAUGUAAAAAUCUCUAUAUAAUGAAGGGAUCUCAAUAUGCUACAUGCAACUCAGGACAAUGGACAGAUCCUCCAACUUGCAUAGAGCCCUGUACAGCAUCUGAGCAGGAUAUGGCAGAAAACAAUAUUAGACUGAGAUGGGCUUCAGGAGAGAAACUGUAUUAUCCAUCUGGAGAUGUAAUAGAAUUUGAAUGCAUACCUGGGUAUGUGAGGGAUCCAGCAUUUCCUCCUUUUAGAGUACACUGCCGGGAGGGGAAAUUGCCAUUUCCUAGAUGUAAGCUCAGAGGUACUUCAGGAUGAAUGAAAAGAAACAUCUACAGGACCGUUUGAAUUCUGGAUCUGACAAUCAAAAUUCGUUGACCAGAUAUUUGUAAUUUUCCUACCUAACAUCCUAUUUCAGCCAAGAUUGUCUUCUGAGCUGAUAUAUGUAUUUCUUCCUUUUUAUCUGUCAUUAAAUUGUAUGUUGUUAAAACUUAUUUUCAACAAAGUAAUAAAAUAGUUGAGAAACAAUGGG